AUGGGCCUGGCGAAGGUGGAUUCCAAAGAAAAAGAGCCUCCUAAAAGUGACAGCAUACCACCUAAAACACAGGAGUCGGUUUAUUAUGCCAAAGAAGGGAGGGAGAAAACCUCAGUAGAAACUUUAGUCCAAAGGGGUGGUGCAGAAGGUGAUGUGUAUAACGCACGGACUCCUAUCAAGGAUACCCAAGAGGCGCUGGACGUCAGAGAGGACCCAGAUAUGAAGGUGGAGGUGCCUGUUGAUCAGGUACCAGCUGAAAUAGUCAAAGAAGAUGACGAGGUACAUAGUGACACCCCCGAUUAUGAAGGCAACAAG